CUUCACGUUUGUGUGUUCCCGCACACUGUUGUAAUUCGAUUUAAUUUGUAAUUUUGUGUGUUUUAAAAUUGUUUUGGUUUGGAAAAAAUGAUUGAUACAAUUGCACCUGCUUUUUCGGAGCUUUGCGAAUUUGCGAGUGCAAGUUCUGGUGGUCAAGUAGUUUUCGCUACUGACGAUUUCUUCGCGCCAUGCGAGAGCAUGAUAUCUGAUGAAGAACCAGUCUUCAUUGCGGAGAAGUUCACGGAGUAUGGCAAGUGGAUGGAUGGGUGGGAGACCAGGAGGAAGCGGAUAGCUGGCCACGACUGGUGCAUUAUCAAACUGGCCACCAAAUGUGUUGUCAGAGGUCUCCUCGUAGACACGGCAUUUUUUACUGGAAAUUAUGCGCCAAAAUAUUCGGUACAGGCAGCCUGUUUGACUCCUGAAGAAGAAGCAUUAUUACCGGAAAGACAGUCUCAAAUGGGGUCAGCAUGUUCAGAUUGCAAUUUUGAGAAGAUAAAACGUUUGAACUCCGAGAAAUGGGAUGAAAUAGUGCCUGUGACGCCUCUCCGUCCGGGGUACGAAGACACCAGGCUCAACUAUCAGAAGGUGGUGAGUGACGAGAUAUACACCCACUUACGGAUAAACGUGUACCCUGACGGAGGUAUAGCAAGAUUCAGAGCUUACGGAGAAGCUAAACCAGAAGUACCUGAUAGCGACCAGCUAAUCGAUCUUGUGUCGCUUCUCAAUGGAGGCACAUGUCUAGGCUAUUCCAACGCACACUACGGCCAUCCCAAGAACAUGAUCAAACCUUGCAAAAGCCGCAUCAUGUCGGACGGAUGGGAAACCGCACGGAGGCUUGACAGACCGAAUGUCAUCGAAGUUAACACUGACGGAACGCUUAAAGUGCCAGGUCAGGAGUGGGCAGUAUUCAAACUGGGAUUUCCCGGCAGAAUAUCAAAGAUAUGCAUUGACACGGCACACUUCAAAGGGAACUUCCCUGAUUCCGUCAAAAUUGAAGGCGCCUAUUUCGACAACAAUAAUUGGGGCUUCGAAAACGAAAAGACUUGGCGGGAUAUUCUGGCCCCUCAAAAGAUGUCAGCACACAACGAGCACUGGUUCGAUUGCGAUUCUGACGUCAUCACCCAUAUCCGAGUGACCAUGGCUCCUGAUGGUGGAAUCAGCAGAGUCCGAACCUUCGGCUACGUUGAUUGGUUAGCGAUCCACUAAGGAAGAUAAAUCAUUCACUUCAAUCGUUAAUUUAAACAAAGACAAGGAAAACUAAACACGACAAGUCUUCUACUUAAAUAAUAUAGAAGAUUUUCUCCCCAUUUCAUUCAUACAAAGCGACAGAUUGAGCCUUGUUAAACUGAGCGCACGGCGAGGGACAAAAUAUAUUUGCACUGUCCACCUUAAAAUGCAGUACAACAUUGCGGUUCUCUAAUUCUUUUACAAAAUGCGUACACGAUAUGGAUAAAAGAGACAGCAUGCGGACAUGCGGCGGACUUCUUUUUCUUCUCAAUUAUUUCUAUUACUCAUUUAUGACAAGUCUAUUAGUUUUCACUGUCUAUGUUUAAACCAUAGAUUUAAAAUCAUAUUGAAGUGGGCGAUGAUUUUUUUUUACUGAUUUGUUCCUAUUGUUGUUAAAAAUAAAAAAAAAAUACAAAUUAUUAAUUAAUAAUUUUGCAGCCAUUUGUGAUAUUUGUUUGUAGGUAAUUUUUUAAAAGUUCCUAAUUUUUUGUUGUGUUUCGUUGUUGUGAUUGAUUGUGAUUUUGUUGAACUAUUGUAUGUCUAUUGUAAAUUGAAAAAUACGUAAAUUACGUAAAUUGAUAGAAAUAUUUCUGUUAAAUGUUGAUUUGUAAGGGCGAGUUGCACCUGUCAAAUUUAACGUUGACUUUGACCGUUAACUUUUACACAAAAAUGGUUUACUCUGCGUUUAUCUGCGCAGGUUUAAAGUUGACGUCAAAGUUGACUGGUAAAACCCACUCAAAAUAUCUUAAAAAUUAAGCUAAGUAGGUAUUAAUGUUUAAAAUAUACAACGUAACUGGAGUUACAAUGAUUUUAAAUAACAAGUAUUAUUAAAAUAAAAUUGAACUUUCGAACAAAAUUA